GGUAAAUGGGGAAGACUAAACUCAAAUGGGAAUUCGUCUCUUUAUAAGACAUUACAAAAUGCUCGGUGAUCAAAACAAAGAGUCACCUACCUUCUAAAAACAAACAUGCUGAUCUUUUUCUCUCUCUCUAUAUAUAAUUGAAUUGAAUGGAUCCAAUACAGCACAAGUAUGUCGACGUGAAUGGUCUGAAGCUCCACGUUGCCGAGAUCGGAACUGGGCAAUCGGUGGUGGUGUUCCUGCACGGAUUCCCGGAGAUAUGGUACUCUUGGCGCUACCAGAUGAUUGCCGUAGCCAAUGCCGGCUUCAGAGCCCUCGCACCCGAUUGCAGAGGCUACGGACUAUCCGAUCCACCGCCCGAACCCGAGAAGGCAUCGAUGUCUGACGUCACCACCGACUUACUUGCCAUUAUUGACGCUUUAGGCAUUCCCAAGGUUUUUCUUAUUGGUAAAGAUUUUGGAUCCGUGCCAGCUUAUCAAUUCGCAGUUCUCCAUCCAAAGAGGGUCUUGGGAGUUGUGACAUUGGGUGUGCCAUUCGUGCCCCCAAAUCCCCGUACGUUACAUAAAGGACUCCCUGAAGGCUACUACGGUUUGAGAUUCAAGGAACCUGGAAGAGCUGAAGCAGAUUUUGGUCGCCUUGAUGUUAAAACGGUUGUGCGGAACAUCUACAUCCUCUUCUCCAAAGAUGAAAUACCAAUAGCCAGGGAAAACCAGGAGAUCAUGGAUUUGGUUGAACCAUCAACUCCUCUGCCCCCUUGGUUCACAGAGGAAGAUCUUGCAAUCUAUGGAGCUUUGUAUGAGAAAUCUGGAUUCCGAACCGCACUGCAAGUUCCAUAUAGAUCAUCAAGUAAACCAUUUGAAGUCCCAGAUCCGAAAAUUGAAGCCCCAGCCCUGCUGAUCAUGGGUGAGAAAGAUUAUGUCUUCAAAAUUCCAGGAAUUGGGGACUACAUAAGGAGUGGACAGGUGAAAGUUUAUGUUCCCAAUUUGGAGAUAACGUACUUGCCUGAAGGAACCCAUUUUGUUCAGGAGCAAUUCCCUGACCAGGUGAAUCAGCUAAUCCUCACUUUCCUCCGUAACCAUAGUUGAUCAAGAACCUUUAAGAAAGAUUUGUCAUUUUUGAAUAUGGUCAAAAGGUUGGCUUGGAUUGUGAAAAACUUCAAAAGCAUAAAAAGUCAUAUUUACCUGGCAGUAACUAUAUAUAAGUGAUUAACUGUACUGUGCCACUAUCAAGCAAAGACCGGCUUUGCGGUUCCUUUCUGGCUUGAAAUUAUGUUUCAAGAAAAUAAAUUGUGUUUUUGCAACCAAAUUCAAGAGAAAACUUCCUAUCAUGAUCACUAGAGGUUUAUAUGCUUUUUGCUGGGUGAUAAUGAGAUGGAGUUCACUAAAAUAUUACUUUUUUAGAUGCAAGAAUCACUAUUUAUUUAUUUAUUGUCUGUUUAGAAGUC